CAAGGGCGCAGCCAUAUUCUUUCGCAAGUCUUUAUGGGUAAAGGAUGUGGACGGAGCGAUAAAAUAGCCAGGGGUGUGAAUAUUUACAACGUUGGGGUAUCUUAUUGCACCAAGUCCAUCGCAAAUCUUAAUUCUCUUUAAUUAGAAGAAAAUGCCUAAAAAGAGAGGACAGAAGGGUAAAAAGGGGAAACAAGACGAUGGUUUCAAAGACAAAGACGAUAAGGUUAAGGAUAUGAUGUCAACACUUGCUCUCGAGGACUCGGGAGAUGAGAUCGACGAUGACUUGGCUCCGUCAAGGGGCAGGGGAAAGAGUUCCAAACCUAAAGGUGGUUUUGCACUGCUUGAUGAUUUAGACGAUGAAAAUGAAAUGAACAACGAGAAUGAUAUUGAUGGAGGUGAAGAUGAAGCGCCUAAAAAGGAUCAAAUUCAGAGUGAAAAGAGGAGAGAUUUACCAGAUAUUGAUCCGACUAAGACAGAUGAUAAACCAGCAAAGAAAAUGACCAAUAAAGAGAAAAAGAAACUAAAAAAAAUGCAAGAAUUUCAGGAGCAGUUAGGAGACUUCAGUGUUCAGAGUCAGUUCACCGUAUCACAGCAAGAAUCCACAGCAAAAGGUGCAUUGUUGGAAAAUGCCACAGAUAUCAAGAUUGAAAAUUUCUCCAUUUCUGCUCGUGGCAAAGAUCUUUUUGUAAAUGCUAUAUUAAGUAUUACGCGUGGACGCCGUUAUGGUCUUGUUGGCCCCAAUGGCCAUGGGAAGACUACAUUAUUGAAUCAUAUAGCGCAGAGAGUUUUAGCAAUCCCGCCAAACAUAGAUGUUCUUAUAUGUGAGCAAGAGGUGACUGCUGAUGAAACACGAGCAAUUGACGCGGUUUUAAAUGCUGACAAAAAGAGAUUGGCUUUACUAAAAGAGGAAAAAGAACUAGUAAAGAAAAGUGAUGCUGGUGACGAUUCUGUCACUGAUCGGCUUAAACAGGUAUAUGAAGAAUUGGAUGCAAUUGGAGCCUCAUCCGCUGAGGCGAGAGCUAGGAGAAUAUUAGCUGGUCUGGGUUUCACAGCAGAAAUGCAGCAAAGGGAAACUCAUCAUUUUUCUGGUGGAUGGAGAAUGCGUGUCUCCCUAGCACGGGCAUUAUUUAUGGAACCAACAUUAUUGCUAUUAGAUGAACCUACCAACCAUUUAGACUUGAACGCUGUCAUUUGGCUAGAUAAUUAUCUUCAAAAUUGGAAGAAGACUUUAUUGGUUGUAUCCCAUGACCAGCAAUUUUUAGAUGAUGUAUGUACAGAUAUUAUACACUUAGAUAACCAGAAGCUUUAUUAUUACAAAGGAAAAUUAUAAUACAUUUAAAAAGAUGUUUGUACAGAAAAGAAAAGAACAGUAUAAAGAAUAUGAAAAACAGGAGAAAAAACUAAAAGAAUUGAAAUCCAGGGGACAAUCAUCAAAGCAAGCCGUAA